AUGGUCGUGCAGGUGAGCAUCAACGGGCGGUGUCUGCAGAUCAACGGAUGUGACCGCUUCACCAGAUGGUUCUACGAGCCGCUGUCCUCGUUGCAGAACGGCAUUGAGUUGUCGCCAGAUGAAGAGGUGGUCAAGGACGCGUGGCAGGAGAAGUACAAGCUCCGCAAGCUCACGGAGCGAGGCGGGCUGCCCACAACCAAGUCGGCCUACAACGCAAAGCAGCUUGCCAAGUACCAGAUCGGGGCGCCCCCCGCCGACGUGAAGUUCAGCCAGUUCCUCCUCAACGACAGGAAAGUGCUGCGCUUCAAGGCGUUCUGGGACGACCACACUCCGUACGGCGCACGCAUCUAUUUCAUCAUCCACUACUUCCUUGCCGACAACACGGUGGAGAUCAACAUGUUCAUGAAGCGCGGCCCGCUCUCCAAGAAGAACGAGGUGCUGGCUGUCCCAGGCAUGCUCGCUGCGGAGGGCCAGAUCUACUUUCCCCGUGACUUGAUGGUGGGCCAGUCCAUCGACGUUUGGGGCCGCAAGCUCGUGCUCUGGGAUUGCGACGAGGCCACGCAGAAGUUCUACAAGGAGUACAUGGGCAUCGACCAGUGGAAGGUGACUCACCUGAAGUUAAAGCCUCCGCCGCACACGGGUGUGGGCCGAGAAGAGGACUCCUUGAUCAACUGCCAGAUGGUCCAGCCGAAGCCGCCGAAGAAAGACCUGGAAAGGCUUAUGAUCUACACCGGGGAAGUCUUGCGCUUCGAGUGCAACAUGGUGAAUGGCGAGCCGGAAGACGAGUUGCGAAAGCUGGUUAUCGCAUACUACCCAGCGGACGGUGACGUAGCGGUCUUUGAGGCGCCUGUGCGGAACAGUGGGCACAUGGGCGGCAAGUUUGCGGACAAGCGGAAGAUCAAGAAUCCGGACACCGGAGAGUACUUCAAGCUCGAGGACUUCUUUGUCGGCCAGACGGUCACCGUAGCGGCACAGCCACUUCAGAUCGUAAGAGCAGACGAGCACUGCUUGCAAUACCUCGAGGCCCGGCCCCGCGAGUUUCCCUUCGCGGACCCCGUGGCGUGCGCGCAGCGCGUGGCGCCCCUCGCCGGCGAGCCGGAGAUGCAGGACCCACAAGGUCUCGAGCCCGAGCGCCUCAAGGAGCUCGCGGCGUCCCACGGCAUUUGCCUCAUUGACCACGAGGUUGUGACCCUCCUCCGCCACUUUGGCAUUGCCGGAGAGUCCGACGACGCGCCGCCGAGAAUCCUGGGCCCGGAGCUCCUUGCCGGAGCGAAGUCGAUACCCGUCUGA